AUGGGGAAUACGGAGAGUAAUGUGACCAGCGGGGUCAAGAAGCAGGCCGGAGUGUCCACCCAAGCCCUCUACAAGUUCGUAAAUCUCAAGGGCGGCGGUCUUCUAGUGGACAUGAUGAAAAGGGCCUGCCAAACGAAGCAGUUUGCCGAGAUCGAUCACGCCAUCAAGACCAAGGUGGAGCCGUUUUUGUACAACAAGGGCGCUGGAAGGUACUUCCCCAUCUCGAAGCUCGUCCUGCUACGCAAUGUGGAUCGCCCCCGGUCCCGCCAGUUGCCAGAGAUCCGAGCUCUGGAGAAUCCCGACGACGAUUUCAACAUCCAUGACUACUGCCCUGAGGUUUCCGAGGCCGAGUAUAUCUCUAAUCCAACCGCAUAUCGAUUCGUCUGCUGGGAUCUGAAUAUGCGUGGUGCUGUGGGCGAGACCAUCCUCCAUUUGUGUCUGCUAAACGCUUCUUCCUUGCACGCUGAUCUUGCCAAGAGGCUGCUCAAAUUCUACCCGAAACUUAUCCUGGACACCUAUAUGAGUGACGAGUAUUACGGUGAAAGUGUCCUGCAUAUUGCCAUUGUCAAUGAGGAUCCUGCCAUGGUAAAAUAUCUAUUGGAUGCCAACGCAGAUGUCCAAGAGCGUUGCUGUGGAGCCUUUAUGUCGGCAGAGGAUACAAAGUUCUCCCGCACAGAUUCACCAGAUCACGAGUACGUGGCUCUGUGUUCCAUGACCAACUACGAUGGCUAUGUCUAUUGGGGCGAAUACCCAUUGAGUUUUGCCGCCUGCUUGUCGCAGGAAGAGUGCUUCCGAUUGGUUUUGGCCCGAGGAGCCGAUCCCGACUUCCAGGACACCAACGGAAACACCGUACUCCACAUGCUGGUCAUCUAUGAAAAGAUCGAAAUGUUUGACGUGGGCUAUGAAGUGGGCACGAAUAUCCAUAUAAAGAACGUUCAGAACCUCACGGCCUUGACUUUGGCUGCCAAGUUAGGAAGAGUCGAGAUGUUCUUCCACGUGAUGAGCAUCGAAAGGGAGAUCUACUGGCAAUUGGGUAGCAUCACCUGUGCUGCCUAUCCGCUUUUGAUGAUUGAUACCAUUAAUGAGGAAACCGGGAAUAUCAACAAGGAUUCGGUGCUGAACUUUGUGGUAUUUGGUGAUAAAUUGGAGCAUCUGGAACUGCUCGAUGGCGUGGUCAUCGAUCUACUGAAGACCAAAUGGGACACGUUCUGCAAGUCGCGGUUCUACAAGCAGUUCUACAUGUUCGCCCUCUACUUCCUCAUCUCGCUGUUCAGCUUUAUCCUGCGUCCAGGUCCGGACAGUAAGGAGGAUGAUGAAGAUAGCGCUAAUAGUACUACGGUUAAAAAUGAUCUAUAUAGGCAAAAUGGUUCCGAUUCGUACCACCGGCAAACUAAGAGGGGCUCGAUGACUACCGAAUACAAAACAUUCUGGCUAAACUUUACUGAAUAUUAUGAUCCGUCGGAGGUGGAGGUCCUCCCGGCUUGGUGGGAAAGUUACGCCCAAUGUCCUUUAAUGAAUCUUGAAUCUGAUUUGGCCAAGCUCCGUAUUAUUGCAGAACUAUUGAACUUCGUUGGAGCUAUUCUAUAUCUUCUGGUCGCCUUGCGAGAGGCUCGCUUCUUGGGCCUGAAAAUGUUUAUUGAAAAUCUGAUGACGGCUCCUUCGCGAGUAAUGUUUUUGUUUUCCUGCGCUUUGAUGAUGACCAUACCCUGGUUAAGGGUUUCCUGUCUCACCGAAAUCGAUGAUCAUGUCACCGUUGUGAUAAUGCUAACCACUGCUCCGUAUUUUUUAUUCUUUUGUCGUGGCUUUAAAACAGUUGGUCCCUUCGUAGUGAUGAUAUACCGCAUGGUCAUGGGAGAUCUGCUCCGAUUCGUCUCCAUCUAUUUGGUGUUCGUGUUGGGUUUCUCCCAGGCCUUUUAUAUUAUUUUCCUGACCUUUGACAGUGGAUCGCCGGCAGAUGGAGAGGAUGCAGAGUCCAAUCCGAUGCCGUCGCCCAUGGAAUCCAUAGUGGCCAUGUUCCUAAUGUCUCUUACCAAUUUCGGGGACUACUAUGGAGCCAUGGUGUCCACGCAGCACGAGUACGAGGCCAAGAUCCUGUUCUUCCUGUUCAUGGUGAUCGUGAGUGUGCUGCUGGUGAACAUGUUGAUCGCCAUGAUGGGUAAUACGUACCAGGUGAUCGCCGAGAUCCGCAACGAGUGGCAGCGCCAGUGGGCCAGGAUCGUCCUUGUGGUGGAGCGGAGUGUCCCACCCGCCGAGCGGUUGAAGAACUUCAUGCAGUACAGUCAGUCAAUGUCGGAUGGCCGAAGGGCCUUGGUCCUAAGGUUAAAUAUGACUGAGGAGGAAAAAGAGGAGAUGAAGGAGGUGCAGGAGAUGAAACGCAUCCAUCAGCGGUUCUCGAAGAAGAGGCAAAUGGAACGCGAAGCCCGCGCCCUUCGACGUCAACAGGAGUACGAAAAGUUCUUCGGCACCGCCCCCAAAUCGGAAAGUUCCGACAACAACAACUUUUGA